GUCGUGUCGUAUGGUUUAAUUAAUUAAAUUAAUUAAAAAACGCGCGUAAUGAUUUUUAAAUGAUUUUAAUGACAUAAUAAUGAUUAAUAAAUAAUAAAAUUGGUAUUUCGAGAAAUAACUAUGAGAAGUGCAUCACGAUAUAGUAAUUUUAAUGUGUUUUAUUAUAUACCGUGUGUAAAUUUCAUUUUAUGACCGAGUAUUUUUGUGAUCAUUUGAGUUUUUAUAAUGAACGCAAUGGCUUGCUUUAGAAAAUAACAUAAGACCGGACUGAAAAGCUGAACAAUUAAUUUUGUUUUUUAAAUAUUUGUUAUAAUUUAAUGCAUGAAUAAAAUCUAGUCAACAUGAAUAAUGAGGGUUAUGAGAACACGGAAGCGAGAGACGGCGAAACGAGACGAGAUCAGGACCGAGAAUUGGAACUGAUCGAUGUUCAGAAACCAAACGGAACCGGAAACAACACAAUAAACCAAUAUGAGGACUUAGAUAAUAAAUCCAGUAAUUGGCUGGAUGCAGUGUUUGUUCAACCCAGAGAGAACAUGGGUUCAUUCCUACAGAGGCAUCGGUCUAGGAUAAACGUGUUGCUAAUUGUUUUACUCAAUGCCGUAGUCAUUGGAUUCUUCGUCGCCUGCUGGGUUUAUUGGGCGAACGAUCCGCAUGCGACGCCUUUAGAAUUGUGCAGUGGAUUUGGCAGUUUAAUAACGUAUUUAACUAUAAUAUAUUUCUUUGUAAUAUACUUUCAAAUAAUAAAACGAUUCAUCGGUAAAUGGUUCGAGAAAACUAUAUGGAGCAGAGUUGAUAAAAUUGCCGGAUGGUUUUGGAGCAUUUCGAUCUUGAAAUAUUGUUUUAUACUCGCGGUUUUGACUGGUAUCUCUCUGUUCCUGUACUACGAUACGAGAGACUCACCUGAAAGACUCAUUUCUCUGCUUGGACUCUUUUUGAUACUGUUCGUAGGGUUUAUAUUUUCCUCGUCGCCUGGUCGAGUAAACUGGCGAACAGUACUGGUGGGGCUGACUUUGCAAUUUGUAUUUGGCCUGAUAUUCAUCAGGUGGGAGCCUGGUAGGAUAGCUCUCCAAUGUUUUUCUGAUAAGGUGGCGUCAUUCCUGAUGUACGGAGUGGAGGGUGCAGCGUUCACAUUUGGAGACUUCCUCGUCAAGAAGGAGUCAGUAUUCGCUUUCAGUGUUUUGCCCGUGAUAUUCUUCUUCAGUAUGCUGGUAGAAGUGCUGUUCUUCUGGGGGGCCCUCCAGUGGUUCUGUCUGAAGUUGGGACAAGUUCUGAAGUCUGCCACCUCCAUUACUGUGUGCGAGAGUGUGAUAGCCGUUGGAAACGUAUUUCUUGGCAAUACGGAGUCGGCGCUUCUGAUCAAGCCGUACCUAUCUAAGCUCACUCCAUCAGAAAUGCAUGUUGUAAUGGGUUCCGGAUUCGCCACAGUGUCAGGCACGAUCCUGGCUGCGUACAUAAGCUUCGGUGCUGAACCAGCUCACCUGGUGACGGCGAGCGUCAUGUCAGCGCCGGCGGCCAUCUGCUACUGCAAGCUCUUGUUGCCGGAGACUAAGAGAUCGCUCACUGCUGUCGACAACAUAGAGCCAGUCACCAGUGAAGACGAGUCCGCGUUAUCGGCAGCUACCCGUGGUGCAACCAACGGUAUACCACUAGUGUUGAACAUCAUAGCCAACCUGGUGGCCUUCCUAGCGUUCAUCGCGUUCAUCAAUGGGGUACUCGGAUACUGCGGUGACCUUCUUGGAUUCGAGGGUCUUAACAUGGAGCUGAUCUUUGGGAAGAUCUUCAUUCCUUUAUGCUGGGUUAUGGGUGUACCGUGGGAGGAGUGCCAGAGUGUAGCUACCCUGAUCGGCCUGAAGACAGUAGUCAACGAGUUCGUGGCCUACCAGAGAAUGGGGGAGAUGAAGGACGCCGGGCUGUUAUCGCCUCGUUCGGAGCUUAUAGCAACUUAUGCUUUAUGUGGGUUCACUAACCCCUCGUCGGCGGCCAUCAUGAUUGGCGCCAUUUCUUCAAUGGCGCCUAACCAGAGAGAAACGUUGUCUGGGUUGGCAGUGAGAGCAUUCUUUGCUGGAUGCGGCAUCUGCUUUAUGACAGCUUGUAUAGCUGGUAAGUCUAAGCACAAGUCUAAU